UUGCCGCUUUCUGCUACACUCAUCAUCACUCUCAUCACCAACAUCUUGCUCCUUAGGCUAGAAGUUCCAAUACACUUUUUCACUAUGCCUGGAACAGUCAAGCUUGCGACGUACCUUUACCAGAGGCUGCGCCAGCUCGGCGUCGACUCGCUACACGGCGUGCCUGGCGACUUCAACCUCACCUUGCUAGACUAUGUUGAGCCCGCAGGCCUUCGCUGGGUAGGAAGCGCCAAUGAACUCAAUGCUGCCUACGCGGCUGAUGGAUACUCACGUGUUAAGGGAGUCGGCGCCCUCGUUACCACCUUUGGUGUGGGUGAACUGUCGGCUAUCAACGCCAUUGCGGGCGCCUUCUCGGAGAGGGCCGCCGUUGUUCACAUUGUCGGAAUCCCUGCUCGACCUUUGCAAGAUGGCCAAGUGCUGGUGCACCACACACUCAAGGAUGGCAACUUUACGCGAUUCUCGCAGGCACAUGCUCUCUUCACCGUGGCGCAAGCCCGUCUCUGGGACCCCAGAACAUCUGCUGAACAAAUUGACGAGUGUCUGAGACAGUGUCUGCAUCACAGCCGCCCUGUUUACAUUGAGGUCCCUGUCGAUCUUGUUUCCGCACCGCUAGAUGCGUCCAGGCUCGAGCAGCCACUGCAGCGCAUUCCUAGUGAGCCUGUCGGCAACUGCGACCGCGUGGUAGCAAGUGUCUUGGAAAAGAUUCAUUCUGCCAAACAGCCGCUUAUUCUGUUCGAUGGCGAGAGCAGAGGCAUGGGCAUCGUAGAGGAAGUCCAGGCUCUCACCAAGACAACGGGGUGGCCUACGUGGGCUACGUGCUUCUCCAAGGGUCUGCUGGACGAGACAGCAUCCAACUUCCAUGGCAUCUACAAGGGCAAGUGGGAUGAAGAAUCCAUCAAGACAUUCUUCUCUGAGGCCGACUUGAUUCUGUGCUUUGGCCCGCACUUUAGCACCACCAACUCUUACGGAGGAACGGCCAUCCCCAACGCCAGUACCACCAUCUCGUUAAGCUACACUGAGGCCAACGUCUGCGGCGAGCUUUUCCGCGACGUACCUGGAAAAUUCCUAGCGACAAAGCUCGUGCAGGGCAUCGAUGCAUCCAAGAUCAAGAAGUACGAGCCUUACCCCGAACUGCCCCGGGACUACCUUAUCCCGUACGCAGACGUCGUCAGCGACGAACCCCUCACACACGACCGUCUCUGGCAGACUGUUGGCAACUUUUUGCGUCCCGGUGAUAUCCUCAUGGGCGAGACCGGAACGUGCGCUAACGGUGUUCGCGUCACACCACUGCCUCUACACACUCGCCUCUUCACCGCCGUUACGUGGCUGUCUAUUGGAUACAUGUUGCCUGCUGCUCAGGGAGCUGCUCUUGCGCAACAGGAGCUGAUGGAUUCCAACAAGUACCACGGCAUCAAGGAUGCGCGCACAGUGCUCUUUAUUGGCGAUGGCAGUUUCCAGAUGACGGCGCAGGAGCUGGCUACGAUUAUCCGCCACAACGUAAAUGUCGUUGUGGUGCUUGUUAACAACGACGGAUACACAAUUGAGCGCUGCAUUCACGGCAGAAGCCAGCGGUACAACGAUGUCACACCCUGGCGCUACCUCAAGGCACCCGAGUUUUUCGGUGCGCCUGAGGACCACUACACGGCAACGAUUCGAACAUGGCGGGAUUUGGAGAAGGUGUUUACUGAUGAGAAACUUGUCAAUGGCACUGGACUGAGAAUGGUAGAGCUGUUUUUGGACCGUGAUGAUGCGCCACAGGGUCCGAUUCAGGACUACAUGACAUGGCAGAAGGCCGGAAAUGGAAUCAUGGAAGAGAAGGAAUAAAAACAGGUCUAAAAUAAUGUAAAUGAUUUAAUGCCAUACAAAAAUAAAACGAAAUUAAUUCACUUCGAAUGCAGUCUUGUAAGAUUUUGGACGUAUUCUGUUCAAGAUGAACACUUUUGAGAUUGAUUCAACUUUGUAUAGGUUAGUAGAAGUCCUUAGUGUUGGAGAGGCUAAGUAUAGGUAGAGCAUACUCUAUUCACGGGCUAUUAACUUUUGCUUCAAUAUUGCGAAAUUAAAUAUUAAUAAAUAG